AUGGGUGGAACAAAAAACAAACCGUGACUGUGUCCUUGGUAAGUCCAAAUAACCCAGAAAAUAUUCGUUUGAUACAACAUAUUCGAGGAGGAUGAAGUCAUACGUGGUUUUCUGUGUUCUUUCUGAUUUUACUGGCACGUUUUGAGCGCACGCCGCCAUUAUUUGAUGCCAGUUUGGCGCGAUCGAAUAUGGAGAUGUGUGCCGGUAGAUGAGAUCGUGUGACUCAAAAAUUAUCCAAAAAUGGCGGCUUCCAGUGACGGCGAAGACUUUUUCAUCAAUUCGGAACACCAGGCGCUUCUGCGUGCGCUGAAGUCGACUGUAGAAGGCCUCCUGGCCACCAGAACCAGCAAUGUUUUCUCCACGUACGGAGGCCUGCCAAGGAUGUACCGGGCGGUGGAAGACAUCCUCCGCAACGGACUGAAGGAGAGGCGUGGGUUGUUUGGGAACGUUACCGAUUAUUGGGCAUUUAUAAAAGGUCUGCGGUGGUUACACCCGACCCUGGCACCGGCCCUGGAGAAAGCCAGCCGCUUCUCUGACCCACAGGAACCAGAAGAAACCGACCCUGGGCGAGCAUGGUUAAGGAAAAGCUUGGAAAACCACAACUUGGCAACGCAGCUGAAAGUACUGACAGACAACAAGGACCAUUUGCGCAAGUGUUACGAGGACACCAGCUUCCUGUGUAACCAAAGGUGUGCAUCUGCCAUGUUGCUGUGUCUGCAAGCUGUGGAACAGAAUAACCCCGCAAUCUUAGCGCAGAUCGACCCCACGUUACUGACAACAACGGAACACAAGAACGUGUAUGUCCGAAGUGCCUCCCUUCCCACAAUUAUCGGACGCGAAUCGAUUACCCACAACGUCAACCUGCCCUUAUUUUCCCCGCCAAGGGAGAAGGAAUUCGUGCACGUUGCAACGACAGCGGAACACGCGACGCCCAUCAGCAGCGACAUCGGACUCAGUCCAGACGGGAAGUCCGCAGCCCGCAACGUUCUCAUGUCUAUCCUCGAGGGAAAGAACACCGAUCGCGCCGACGUCUUAAACAGUAACAAAUUCUCGCCCAACUCCCGCAGCAGUCAGCUGGGGAUCGCGUACAAUAGGAACAACGACAACAUGGCGGACUUGGCAUUCAGCCCGGUCGUGGACAGCCCGCUGUCCGUCAGAAAAGUCAGCAGUGACAGUACUCUGUUACUAGGACGGAUGUCGUGUCAGUGCAAUUCUGAACUAGGCAGAGACGAUCUGUUGAACGCAAACGUUAAAAACUUUGGGGACAGUACUUACAGAGUAUGUCAGAGAUGUGGUUUGGUGCAACAGUCCCCGGACAUUGAAAAGAAGGGCCAGGUAACCAUCCCUCCUGUCAGAAAAGAACUAUCACGAGUCGAAGAAAACGGCAACAAUGAAGAAGACGUUGGUAUAACCAUCCGGCCACCUCAUACAGAACCCAUGGACAUCUCUCCUGUAGGGAAUCCUCCAAGUACACCGAAGAAGACACACGUCAGGUCCAAGUCGGAUGCAAACAUUCAGGCCUUGAAGAAGUAUCCCAAACAGAAGACUGAAGAUGCUGUUGAGGAAGAGACAGCUAGUCUCCUAUCAAGCUCCUUACCCGCGCGAGUGGAAGCCAUGGAGAAGGCAAUGGAGAACAAGAAGAACGAAGAUGACAAGGAUGAGACGGACUCGGGCGUUGCCGGGGUUACGGACAGUACUUACAUCUCUCGACCAAUGGAGGGGGAGUUCUUGAUGACGUAUCUGUCGGCGCAGGAUUUCCGCACGUGUCCCGAUCUGGACAAGGAGAACGCACACUUCAGCAUCUCUGAAGCCCUCAUCGCAGCCAUAGAACAAAUCAGGUGUACUCAAGUUCCGAGGAGGCUGUCAGAAGAUGAAGAGGAGGAUGCGUCAGAUGAGGAGAUCCAGAAACUGAAGCACCAGAUCCGCGUGCGACGUCGGGAGCGGCUGCACAAACGGGCGCAGUUUCCCGCCUUUAACAGCGAUGGCACCUCCAUCACCACCAGCGGGGACACGGAGCCCUUCAGCUCUCCUCCAGGCUCCACCGUGGCGUCGGACUCGUGUCCGUCUAGCGAGGAGGACGACAGUCAUCGUCAGACCAGCGUCGCCGACUCUUCCGUCUCCCAGACCGCUCACUCCUCCUUCUCCGAGUCAGACAGUCGCGGCGCCUCCCUGAACCCGGCCAGUGACAGGAGCGGCUCCAUGACCGACUCUUCCUUCUAUGGCGUUGCUUCUGUCGACUCCACGUCUGCCGAAGCUGUGGCCAUCUCUCUCCUCAAGAAGUUCUCCCACAACCAGCUCCCUAAAGCCUCGGACUUAGAGUGGCUUGUGUCAGAACAGGACGUCCCCCAGGCCCUGCUGCCCAUGCCGACAAGUCUACCCGUGUCUCCAGACGAAGGCGAGAACUCCGAUCUCGUCAGCACGUUGACGAAGAGAACCCGUCUGCGCGGGAACCUCCAGUGGGCCCCGCCUCGAGCGCAAGUCAUCUUCAACAUCCACCCUCCGCCCAAGAGGAAGGUCAUCCUGGCCAAGCAGAGCUACAUGUGUGCUGGCUGUGGUACCAAGGUGGAACCCGGGUUCAUGAAGAGGUUCCGGUACUGCGAGUACCUCGGGAAGUACUUCUGUCAGUGCUGCCACACCAACGCGUCGUCCAUGAUCCCCGGUAAGAUCCUCCACAAGUGGGACUUCAGGAAGUACUACGUCUCCAACUUCUCCCUCGACUUGAUCAACAAGAUGCACGCAGAGCCUCUCUUUAACAUAUCAGACAUCAACCCCGCGCUGUACCGGAAGGUGCGUGCCUUGGACGCGGUGAGGGACGUUCGCCAGCAGCUGUAUCACCUGCGCAACUUCCUCCGCACCUGCCGCCUCGGACAGAACCUGUACGCCGAGUUCAAGAAACUCCCGGAUCACCUGACCCACGAGCCGCACGUUUACUCCAUCAGCGACCUGCUACAGGUCAAGAGCGGGGAGUUGGUCGGGCCGCUGAAGGAUUUUGUGGAAGACGCGGUGACGCACGUGAAACAGUGCGAGCUGUGCCAGGCGAAGGGGUUCUACUGCGAGAUUUGUGGGAACGACACGGACGUCAUCUUCCCGUUCGAGGUGCAGAAGUGUUCGCAGUGUGCCUUGUGUGGGUCGUGUUUCCACAGGGGGUGCUUCCACAACGGGAACUGCCCCAAGUGUGCCAGGAUAAGAGCCAGGAGGGAACAGCUGGCCCAGGCCAAGCCUAGUGUGUCUGACAGCUCUGAUGACGGCCAGGAAUGAGAUCAUCUAUCCACAAAAUUAUCUAGAUUCAGACUUAGAAUUUUAUUAGGUGCUGUGAAGGUUUUGUAGCAUAAGUAUUAAUGACACUACUGGUGGCCAGUAUUUUGCAAUCUGUACAUGCCGAUGUCUUUAUAAAUUGAAUAUAGACUGUAAUAAUAGCAAGUCGGCAGAACGUACUGUGCCUGCAUGGAUUUUUCAAUUUUUUUGUCAGAUGUUUGGUCAAAAUUGCAUCAAAAUUUUGCUCAUUGCAGACAAGAUCUUCUCUGAUGCAACUUUUGAAAACUAUACCCAGAAUGGCAUCCUUUAAUAUGCAAAUACGACCAUAGACAUUUUGGCGAUGUGCUAUGCACAAUACAUUACGGGCUUCACAAAGGCGCAGUACUUUCUGCUGACUUUAAUGCUGUAUUGUGGAAAUAUGCAAUGUAAUGCAAGACAGAAUUUGCCAUCCAGACAGGGUAGCCAGAAAGAUUGCCAUACCUCACUUACUUACAUUAUGCAUAUAUUAACAUAUAGUUAUAGAAAUGGUUGAUGGAAUAGUGCAGGUAGACCUCUCAGGCACUGUGUGGUUAUGUUCAGAAAGUCAAACUGGCAUGUAAGAUCCAUGUAGUAUGUGGUGUAAGAAUUACAUUUGUGUUUGUAUUUAUGGACUUUGUGACUUAUAAAUAAUAUGUUCACUACUAAAGUCUGGAUAUAGGAAAGUUUGCGACUAAAUGAAUUUCAGUGCUUUUUUUGAGACAUUACUUUCUUAAUUGAUAAGAAGAAAGCUAUUUUUUCUUGUAUGGGGUGAAAAAUAAGCUGAAAAUGCUUAACCCGUGUACUUAUGGUAUUGGCCCAAUGAAAUUAUGAAAUAUGAGUGAUGAGACCAAGAGAUAACUCUUUGAUAUCAAACUGCUGUUGGGUGAAAUGACAAGCAAAUGUUCCUAAAAAAAACAUCAAAGGAGCACCUACCUUCAAGAAAGGAAAUUGAAAAAAGAAUAUAUAUCAAAUUAAAAGUAAGAUAAGUUUCUACCACUGUGCCAAAACACUGAUAUCAAAAGUGUAUAAUUUGUCCAGAGAAAUGCUUGGAGCAAAUGUGCCUUUUAGCUGGAUGCAAUCACUGCUUACUGCGCUGCUGGUAAAGAACCAAGUGUACAUGUAUGUAUGAGGAUGAUCCAUUUACA